UCUCUACUGCACGUAGCGGUUAACACCAGUAUAUAAGACAACACACGUGUGCGGUAAGGCCUGUCCUCGCCUUAUCCUUAUCAUCGGAACAGAGGUCAAAGAUGGCGUUGAAUCUCCACCUGAUCGGAUGUUUUGCCCUCUUCAUCUGGACCGGGUCAAAUGUUCUAGCCACCAACACCGCACAGGUCACGGACGGUCUAGGGCUUGCCAAGACUCUGUCAGAUUACAUAGAAAUCCAGGACUUCACCAAAACUCUCACAAAAAUAGCAUCGUCAGCCUCUACCUAUCUCGGCAUCCUUGGGCCUGCUUUGGGGUUUAUUUUGAGUUUUUUUAACAACGGUCCUUCAGCUGAACUUUUGGCGAUACAGAAACUGGCCAAGGAAGUGACGCUUCGAUUUGACCAUGUCGACCACCAAUUUGCUGAUGUCAAGCGCCUGAUCCAUUGGUCAAGCGUGGAAGUACAAUAUGGACAGUAUGAGAGCAAAAUUCGCGCUGUUGGGGAAAAAUACAAAGACCUUGUCUCAUCGUCUUCUAAAGCCGAUUUUGCAGCUAGAAAAUCGCUUUUCAUUGAUAACUAUCAACACGACUUUUCAAACUCCGCUGAAAAACUUUACAAUGGAGUUGUAAACGAGCAUCAAACAUUUAGACAAGCAUUAUUUGAAUCAGCAAUAGAAAAUUUUUCUUGGGACCGAAAGCAGACUCAAAACUUCAUGCUGGGUGUGUCGAAAUUACUUGUGUUCGGCGCAACGCUGGAAAUGGCCUACUACCAUCUUAAAUAUCCAUCACAAGAAAGCUACUUUCGACAACAAUGGCACGUUAAAUUUGAAAAUUUCAAAAACAAAUUAUCAGAAAUCGACCACAAGCUACAAACACAGUUUGGAAGCCAGAUGUCUACUGAUGUCGACAAGUAUGUUGUUAAGCACGCCCAUUCAAGUAAUAGUGAUAUCACAAACCAUCUUUACGACGUACUCGCUCACAAGUACUAUUGGCUGAAUUGGAUGGUGGGCGUGUCUGAUCAUUCUACUGACCCAGAUAAGUAUGCUGUUCACACGUGCGGUGGUACUCAUGGACUUCAGAAUAAAAAUCAUGGGAAAAACGUUAUUGUUGCCAGCAUACCAAAGAAUAAGCAUCAUCUUACUUCGACACAACAGCACAUCAUUAAUUUGAGUACAUACCAAACACGGCAUACCCACGGCGGUAGACGCGGAAUUUAUACUGUGCAUAUUCCAGCAAACGAGGCUUAUAGCCAUUUUCCAAGUAUAGCACGCAGCGACUGUAACACCUAUGGAUCCGUGGGUAUAAUUUCCCGUAAAUUGAAUCCCACCUGGAGGUCUCCCACGAAUCAUUUAUACGUCCGUGAUGACGGCCAUUACUUCAAGGUUUAUGCUUUUGGAUAAAAUUAAUGCAUUAGCUUGAAUCUGAAAUGGCACAUUAUUUUUAAACAAAAUUAUAAAUCUAAUAAGUAAGCUUAGAUUUCUGUUAAAUACACAUAGCAAAUGGAAUAAAAUCUUUGUUUUGUCUUGAG